AUGUCAGAUGCGCAGGACAAGGUACCGGCGACCAAUAAUGAAGACGUCGCCAUCGACAGCGGAGUCGACAGCGUCGCCUAUUCGAGAUCCAAGAGAGGCAGGCGUGGCAGCCGGUCGCGAAUGAAGUCGCGCCAGAGCGCCGACUCCACAUCGGUGUGCCAGAGCCAGCGAGACGCGGCAGAUACCACGCUCUCGAAGGUGUCAUCGAGAGUGAGUGACAGCGCGAGUGUCAAGUCGGUGGAGUCGAAACGGUCGACGUUGUCUAGAGUCUCGUCAAAAAUGGCUAAGGCGAAUGAAAAGCCUUCGCAUGACACGGCGUCUACUGGCCCGAUUCUCGUAGGGGACACGGGAGCCGAAGGCAAGCCGGAGGUUACACCGGUAGAAGCCUCUUGCUUCCCGCCGGAAUAUCCUGCACAGAAGACAGCAGCGGAUCAAGCAACCGAGUAUGCAGCAAACCCAGCGCGUCAGAAUGUCGCGGGGACGGCUUCCGAGUCGCUGAAUCCGCAGCGAGUCGGCAGCGACCAAGAUGUCAUUCGGGAAAGCGUCGCAGCCCAGCAGCGUACGGAAACCACGAAGGAACCGACGCCCGCCUUAAUGUGCGUCCUACCAGCUCCAUUCGACGAGCAUCCCAGGAGCGCGACAGAGCUCAGUGCUGUGGCCAAAGCCGACCUCCAGCAGUCACCACAAUUCGAUAAAGUCGACCAUUUGGUUGCCUGCAGUCUUUCGGGCAUGCAGAGCCAGCAGAGGACACAGCGACAGAACUGCAAGCCGUGCGUUUUGUGCUUCGCUAGCUUCGUCAUACUGCUGUCGUUAGUGUUCAUCGUGAUCAGCUUGCACCGGUCUGCUAACAAUGGAAGUGUGGUAUGCGAAACUGAGGAUUGCCGCCUACACGCGGCGUUGAUCACUGCCGACAUGGACACGGCGCUGGACCCUUGCAACGACUUCAGCGCCCGCGUGUGCAGUGCGUGGGAGCACCGGCGGUCGCUGGUGGCCCGGUCAGUUACAGGCCUGCACCCUUCUGCGCACGCUGACGCGGUGUCUGAGUGGUUGAUGAAUCUUCCAUACACGAUCGACGCCGGCACGCAGAGGGUUCCAACAGGUGACCGAGCUCGAGUUAUGUACGACGCUUGCGUGAAUCACACCGACGGCUCUGAAAUGACGUUGCUGCGUAAGUUCAUGGCAGAACUAGGCAUACCGUGGCCCGAUCGUCCAGCCACGGGGGUCAGUCCCCUGGGCGUUCUCAUAAACCUCGCGUAUAACUACCACACAGCUCUCUGGUUCAGCAUACGACUCGUCAGCACAAGUAGCGUUCGCGUCGUAGUAAUCGGGCCAGGACAAUACGUCGUACCGGCUUCAAGGCGACAUGAGCGCCUCACUGCCGUUGGCGGCUACGAAGAGUACUGGCAAGCCUACUACGAUUCGUUCAGUAGCGCUUCACACAAGAACCCGAAGCCGAGAGGUGCGGGGGAUUUCGGAGCCAAGCCAUCGGCGCGGAUGCAGAGCUUCGUCCUGGCGGUGCUCUCCAAUGCCACGGCGAGUCAAGCCAAGCGGAACGCAUUUCGUUCCCGUUUUAAGAUCGAACAGUUCGACAAGUUAACCGUGAAGGUUCCUGCAUCCGAGUGGCUUUCUGAACUCAACAGGCACCUCAAACCACCGGAAAGCCUCGCUCCUACUGACGAAGUUUUCGCUAACGGCAUCGACAUCAGCUCGGCUAUACGCGCCAUUUUCGACCGGUACACAAGGUAUGACGUAUUGGAGCAGAUUGGCUGGCUCUUCGCGGACAUCUACGGGCCAUUAGUGGACGACAAGCUGCUGUCGCGAAAGUUCGGAGAAAGUAAUGCGGUGGCUGCUCGAAUCGCGCUGUGCGCCACAGAGGUGGAAAAGGCGUUCCAGCCGCUGGUAGCCGCGUUGUACGUCGUUUCACGCUUCAGUGCCGAAACGAAAAAAGCAGUGACGGAGAAACUGCACGCCGUCGUCGACACGGCAGGGUCGAUGAUAAACGGCGCUCUCUGGAUGGAUAACUACAGCAGAGAGCUACUCCGGAUGAAAAUUCACGACGCGAGCCGCGACCUGUGGCCGCCGCUGAUCAUGCUCAGCCAGACCGGUCUCUCCGCAAUGUACGCCCAGUUUCCGAGCAAGUGGAACUCAUUUCUGGGUACCUGGAUUGCAGUGCAAAAGCUGAGCGCUGACCUCAAGCACCGAAACUUCGGCUAUAACAACUUGCCAAGUCUUUUGGUCGGCUACCAGCUCCCUCUGUUCGACUAUGAUUACAUCUCGAACAGCGUGUUCACGUCGGUAGCUGCCCUGACGAGUCCUUUCUACUACGCGAACGGGACCAAGUCUAUGUUCUAUGCGGGCCUCGGCUUCUUCUUUGCCAAGGAGCUGGUUAGGGCCAUCGACGAUACGGGAGUGACGAUAGACCUGACCGGAAGGGAGGCCGACGUGUCUCGUAAGACGGGCGACCUUUCCGGUAACGUCACCGACUUGUGGCUGACCGCCGCAGCUAUUGCGAGCUCGCAUAACAGAGCGGCGUGCCUGAUGCCGAAGCACGCUAGCGUGUUUCCGGAGGUUCCGGAGCUGCAGAUCGCCUACGCUGCCUAUAAGACGGCACUCGCCGAUGGAGAGAAGAACUUGCGAGUAGCGUACCAGUACACUGAGGAUCAGAUGUUUUUCCUGACCUUGUGCUACCUGAUGUGCUCCCUGCCGGACAAAGUCGAGCCGCCGAUGAGAGACUGCAACAAGGCCGUCAGCAGCUUCCCUGCCUUUGGCGAUGCCUUCGGUUGCGCCCACGACGCGCCCAUGAGCGCCUACCUCCCGACGGUGACUCCGCCACUCUACGCUGUGUUAGCGUAG